UUAGAGUGCUCAUGAAUCAUGUGAGAGGUGCAACAUCAUUUGAGGAUUUGAAAAGUGUAAAUGGCAGGCCUUGCUUGACUUUCAGAGAAUCAUGUGAGCGAAGAGGUCUCAUAGAGACAGACAAGUCACUUGAUGAUUGCUUGACCGAGGCAGCUACUUUCCAAAUGCCGUAUGCUCUGAGAAGGCUUUUUGCAACUAUUCUGGUGUUCUGCGAGGUCACCCAAAUCCGAUCACUAUGGGAGAAGCACCUUGACUCAAUGUCUGAGGACUACCGUCGUAACCAGCCCAACCAGGCCGCACUAGAGCAGAUGGUCCUUAGAAACAUUAGGGAUCUGGUGCAUUCCAUGGGAAAAAAUAUUAGCAGUUAUGGACUCCCGGAUUUCGAUCCAUUGGAUGAUGAGUGUUCCCAUGGAGAUUCCAGAGAGGUACAGGAGGAGUUGUCGGUUACUUUUGACAAAGAAGACAUAAACAUGGUUACAUCUCUUAACAAAGAGCAGCGUGCUGGUUUUGAUGAAAUCCUCUCUCAUGUUCUCAAUAAAAGGAGCCAGAUUUUCUUUGUUGAUGGUCCGGGUGGCACGGGGAAGACAUAUCUAUACAAAGCACUCCUUGCAAAGGUCCGCUCGCUACGUCAAAUAGCUAUUGCUACAGCUACAUCUGGCAUAGCGGCAUCGAUCAUGCCUGGUGGGCGCACCGCCCAUUCCAGGUUUAAAAUUCCGAUUAGGCUCACAAACAGCAGCACAUGCAAUUUCACCAAGCAGAGUGGUACCGCAAAGCUGCUCCGUAUGGCAUCUUUAAUAAUCUGGGACGAAGUAGCCAUGACGAAGCGUCAAACUGUUGAGACGCUUGAUAGGUCCCUACAGGACAUCAUGGGAUCUGCUUUACCUUUUGGGGGGAAAGUCGUGGUGUUUGGAGGAGAUUUUAGGCAGGUCCUUCCCGUUGUAACACGUGGGACAAGAGCUCAAAUCACUGAUGCUACUCUACAGAGGUCUUAUUUAUGGGAUAAGAUUAGGAAGAUACGCCUCACGCGCAAUAUGAGGGCACAAACCGAUCAGUGGUUCUCCGAGUACCUACUAAGAAUAGGCAAUGGAACAGAAGAGACGAUCGGUGGUGACUAUGUGCGUCUUCCGGAUGACAUUGUUAUUCCUUUCACUCCUACCGAAGAACCAGUGAACAAGCUUAUUGAAGAUGUGUUCCCAUCACUUCAUGAGAACGCCACAUCUGGACCCUACAUGAGUGCACGUGCCAUUCUUUCAACGAAGAAUGAUCAUGUGGACAAUCUGAAUAAAAAGAUGAUUGACCGAUUUCCUGGCCAGGCAAAGGUAUAUUAUAGCUUUGACUCUGUCGAGGAUGAUGCACGCAAUACCUACCCACUGGACUAUCUCAACUCACUGACUCCAAAUGGCCUGCCCCCGCAUGAUUUGAAACUCAAAAUCAAUUGUCCCGCCAUUCUUCUCCGAAAUCUCGAUCCACACAAUGGGUUGUGCAAUGGAACAAGACUGAUGAUUAGAGCAUUCCAGGAUAACGCAAUCGACGCCGAGAUUGUCGGUGGACAACAUGCUGGAAAUAGAGUGUUCAUACCGAGGAUCCCUUUGUCGCCCUCGGAGGACAUUUCACUUCCAUUCAAGUUUAAGAGGAAACAGUUCCCCAUCCGGUUGAGUUUUGCAAUGACCAUCAACAAAGCCCAGGGGCAAACCAUUCCGACUGUUGGUAUUUACCUCCCAGAGCCUGUAUUCUCCCAUUGCCAGCUUUAUGUUGCACUUUCAAGGGGUGUGUCAAGGCAGACCACUCGGAUUCUGGCCAAGCCAAAUAUAGACAUAGGCCCCACUGGAAAGAGCACAAAGAAUAUUGUGUACAGGGAUGUAUUGGAGGGAUAGAACAGAGCUUUCUCUGUCUUUGGUGAUGCUGAAUUACUCAACCUGCUUAUGAUGAGAUGGUGACCUCACUUCGUUCGUUUCGCCGUAGUUCGUAUUGCCUCAACCAUGGGCCAACGACUACCUGGAAUGUCUUCUAUCUGUAGUAAAGCACUAUAUGUGACCUAUGU